UUCGUUUCUUCAGAAGCAGCACCUGUGCUGUUCAGACAGCAUCUCUGUUCAAAAUGGCAGCAGCUCACCCUUUACUGUCCUCAGAUCAGUACUCCUGCUCACUGUGUAAGGACGUUCUGAAGGAGCCCGUCACCAUCCCGUGUGGACACAGCUACUGUAUGUGCUGUUUAAAUGACUACUGGGACCAGUCGGAUACAGAGGGGGUCUACAGCUGUCCUCAAUGCAGAAAAACAUUUAGCGUGAGGCCAGAGCUGAACAGAAACACCGUAUUAACAGAGAUAAUAGAGAACAUGAAGGAAGUGACAGCAGACGACACUCCAUCUCAGAGUUAUGCUGGGCCUGGUGAUGUGCCCUGUGACAUGUGCCCAGGGAAAAAACGGAAAGCUGCAAAGACCUGCUGGACCUGCAUGAUGUUCUACUGUGGGACUCACCUGCAACCCCACUUGGAGAUUCCAGCCUUCAAGAGACACAAAAUAGAUGCAGUGACUGUAAACCUUGAAGAGAAACUCUGUGGAAAACACCAGAAGGUUCUGGAGAUCUUCUGUAGGACCGACAAGAGCUGCAUCUGCUUACUCUGUGCGACGACUGAACAUAAGAGUCACGACACGGUGACACCUGAACAGGAGAGAGCAGGGAGACAGAAACAGUUGGCAAAGACAAAGUCUGAAAUGAAAAAUAGGAUUGAAGAGAAAGAGAAGACACUGAGAGAGAUGAAGGAGAUGGUAGAGAAGAUUCAGAGUUCUGCAGAGAAUGAAGUGCAGAACCUUGAGGAGACCUUCAGGUCUGUGCUUAAGUCCAUUGGGAGGCUGAGGUCAGAAGUCACUGAGGUGAUUAGAGAGUACGAGAGGAGGGAAGUGACAAAGGCUAAAGAAUUCAUUGACCGACUGGAGAAGGAGGUUGAGGAACUAAAGAUGAGAGACACAGAGCUGGCUGAGCUUUCACAGACAAAUGACCACAUCCACUUCCUAAAGAAGUUUCCAUCUUUUGGUUUUCCUCCUGGAGAUGGAGCGGCACCCAAAAUCACUGUUAACAACGACUUUCUUCCUGAGAUGCUAAGGAAAGACCUUUCUGAUCUUAAGAAGAGCCUGGAGGAGGUCAGAGGAUGGGAGUUGGUGAAGAACGGGAUUGAUGAUCCAGGUCACAGCCUACAGAAACUAAGGAGUAGAAAUUAUCUUUUAAAAUAUGCCUGUCCACUAACUCUGGACCCCAACACGGCACACAGAUGCCUCUGCUUCCCUGAAGACAACAGGAAUGUGAAAUUUGAGAUAACACCCUCCCCAUAUCCUGACCAUCCUGAAAGAUUUGACCAUUGGUCACAAGUUCUGUGCAGAGAGGCUCUGAGUGGUACUUGCUGCUACUGGGAGGUUGAGUGGGCUGGAAAACAGUUUAAUAUUGGAGUGACGUAUAAAGGAAUUGGCAGGAAAGGGACAACUCAGGAGAAUGUCCUUGGAUGCAAUGACAAGUCCUGGUGUUUGCACUACAGUAAUUGCAGAUUCUAUAUGUGGCACAAAAAAAAAGGUACCAUCAUCAGCACACCCUGCAGUCACCGAAUAGGCGUCUAUCUGGACUGGCCCGCUGGCUCGCUGUCCUUUUAUAGCGUCUCUGACACAGUGACCCUCCUGCACAGGUUCAACACCUCCUUUACAGAGCCGCUCUAUCCAGGGUUUUGGGUUGGAAAAGAUUCCAGUGUGACAAUCUGUCCCUUGAACCUGUCUGACCAGUGACCGACCAUGCCAUCUGUCACAAAGAUUAUGUUAAUGUUUGGAGAGAAGAAGAAAAAUUGUGGGGAUUUAUUUAUUUUAUUUAUAUAGCACAUUUUCAUACAAAAAGUAGUUCAAAGUGAUGACAUAGAAGUCCUGAAUUAAACCAAUGUGUUUAGGAGGUGAAACAACACAAAAGAUUAAAGUCAUGUUUAGGCCAUAUGGCGUCUAUCAAUGACAGAAAGAUAAAAGUACAAUUUGAUAAAAACCUGAAGAAAUUAAGAAAAAAGAUAAAGAGAAAUGAAUGAAGAGGACAACAGGGAGACCUGCGGUAGACUGUAAGGUGGGAAACGAAGACACUUCAGUGAGAGACAGGGGGGCACCACACACUGUGUACUCAGUGGAGCUCAUACGUUAGGUGGGCUCAGCAGAGGUGGACAUCAGCUGUGGACGGAUGGAUUUUAGAGCUUUGAAAGUGACCAGCAGAAGCCUCAGGGUGAUUGGGGGGGAAAUUAAAGGACAUCUUUAUAGCAUCCACUCAAGAAUAAGAGCAGGGAGAAUGAAGAAUGGCUGAAGGGUCAGUGCCACAGUGGUUCAAAGGCCCCUUGGUGUGGACAUUAACACUUUUAGGUGUGCUUUGAAAGAAAUGUCCAGGACUUUAAAAUGUGUGAAAUAUGAAAGAUGUUAUAUAGUGUGUGUUUAAUGAUUUUAGCAGUUGUAUUUUAGUCCGUUUUGUGGUGAUUGGAGAUACUCGUCAUUAAAUGUUCAUUAUAAUAAAUGUUGAUUCAGGAUUUAAUGCCACUGUAGUUUUCAGACUUGUGGGGUUCUGUACUGAGAUGAUUUGUGGUCACAGACUGAAUUUAUUAAAUGGGAGAACUGGUGACAGAAAAAAAAACAAAACAAAAAUCUAAUGAUAUUGUUUUGGGGUGAAAUAAUUGUGCUUCUCACAGGUGAAAUAAGACCUGUAAUAUUUAAUUUGUGUACAUAUUAGGAUUGUUAUAGAAUUACUUAGAAACAUUGCAGCUUUUAAGUGAAUAAACUGGAAAGGCUAAGAAUAGUUCUGAUUGUGUGAUGUUGGAUAGAGGGCAGCACAGGAGUCCUAGAAAUGAGAAGGUGUGUUUUUAAAUAAAUGGGGAAUACAGAGAUUCAUGCAAAUAAACUGAAGAACACCAUGAGAUAAGUAAAUGUAAAAUCAAAUACUAAAAAAAUGUGUUGUUAUAUAUUAAAUUGCAUAAGAUAUACAGUAAGCUCAGAUAAACUAACCAGUGUGUACAGCAUGCUAAUAAGAAAAUCCUCAUGCCUGUCCUAAGAGGACAAACAGGGUUGUAACUAAAAGCCUCGACCUCCUGAUAUGAAGCUUGCUGUGUGACUCUGAUCUGAACUGUUCAUGAUGUUUGACUUCAUCCGGUAUUUUAUGUGACAUUUUAGUGUAUGUCUGGUUUCUCUGCCAAUAUCCAUACAUUUCAAUGGAAAUAAAGUUUGACUAUUAUCUGAA